AUGGCCGACUCAUUACUUGAGCUGCUGGCUCCACACCUGCAGACCCAGACUCCAACCUCAACUCCAACUCACGAUGCCACCACCGAGCAGUAUUUGACUCGCCUGUCUACUCUCUCCCUCGACUCUCUCCAAUCCACUGAACCACAAUCACUCGCACAAUCCUCGCAUUCAACCCUCCUCUCUCUCCAGGCCCUCUCCAACCGAUCUCACCGGGCAUUUAUCACAUCAGCCGAUAACCUGUCGACACUCCGUACAAACAUUCCCCAGUUGACGAGUGAGGCGCAACAGCUACGUGAUGCCCUGCCCAAACUCGACGAGGAGACCGUGGGAUUUUCCACCAAAUACAGCAAGAUUACAGACAAUGCCGCUCUAGAACGACGAAAGAAGGCCAUGCAGCUGGCCCGCAACGUUGAUAGACUGUCUGAUAUUCUCGAAUUACCAUCCCUCCUCUCUACCGCCGUGUCUGCCGCCUCUGCCAACUCCGGUGCCGGUGCGGCAUCCACCACCUAUUCCUCCGCCCUCGAUUUGCAUGCACAUAUCAAGCGACUUCAAACUUUAUACCCCGAUUCUCCCCUGAUUCAAGAUGUCGUAUCCCAGGCGGAGGAUGCGAUGAAAGAAAUGACAACCAAUCUGAUUGCGGGACUCCGAACUCAAAACUUGCGGCUGGCAGCUGGAAUGCGAACCGGGGGAGGGGAAGGGGCACUGGGUGCUGUUUUCUUGAUCUGCCGACUGGCACACUUGGUGUCGACCUUGGAGGCAUUAGAACCACUUCGGGAGUUAGCCGAUCAAGAAACACAGCGAAGGACUCACGCAAAGGAAAAACCCGAGACCUGGUCGAAUGGUCAACAAACCGACCGCUACUUGAAACGAUAUAUUGAGAUCUUCCGUGAACAAAGCUUUGCGAUUGUCUCGCUAUACAAGAACAUAUUCGACUCCGAACAAUCCGAGACUGAAACGGCCGUGUCCGGGCUGAGAGGCAUCAACAAGGCCGAAAAAUUGGCAUCCCAACCAGCGCGAACCAGUGAUCCCUUGCAAAAACUGCCGCCCGCCCUCGCGACAUUCCCGAUGUACCUUGUGCAAUUACUCACCGACACCAUGCGGGCAUAUCUCCCCAACGUACGGGAUCGAGGCUCACGAGAGAGUCUGCUUACGCAGCUUCUGUACUGUGCGGCUAGCCUUGGUCGCCUUGGGGGCGACUUUGGGAUGAUUCUGACGGAACUGGGUGAUGAGGAGGAGCUCAGCUACGAAUGGGAGGAUGUAAUGCGCAAGCACCGCGCGCUCGCCGGUCGACUGGAGCAAUUGACCAGCCGAGUCGCUGUGCAUUGA